AUGGCCCUCGUUGUACGCCGACGCACCGUUGUCCGCGUCUUCAUUCUCGCCACCCUCACCGUUCUCAUCAAGGUCCUCUUCGCGUCUCCCGCCACCCCCGCUGCCGUUUCCGGACUCUACGGCCGUUCCGUGGACCCGAAGGAGAUCCGCAAACAGAACGUGCUCGACCUCGUCACCGGCUCAGACAAACCAUUAGAUGCCCGCAAACACGAUUUUCUCCAAGCUCGUCUCGGCAGGGAUGAACGCGCGGACUUGUUCUCGGACGUGAUCAAUGACGGAGUGCAGGACUAUUGGGACAGGUUCCAGAAACCAUACAUCCUCAACCACGAAACCUCGCACAUGGACGAGCAAGGCAUGCUGUCUUCUAUCGAGCAGCUGCUCACCUUGAAUGGUUGGGUGGCAGCCCUCUGCCCGACUCUCACACGACCAUUCGGUCAGAACAAACACGAAGACGCGUACGGAGAGCUCUCGCGCAGCAACCAGCUCUACUUCGUCGGUAUGGUCAUCCACUCUGCCGACCACUUCCUCGUCGACCAGCUUGCCGUCAUUGUCCAGCUUGCCAAGCGCCUUGGACCGUCCAACGUCUUCGUCUCCAUGUUGGACUACGACUCCUCUGACUCGACAGAGACUUUGACGGAUCUCUGCGAGGCAGUCUUGAUCAUGCUCGGCAUCCCCUUCCGCAUACGACGCGUCCCUGGCAUGACGGAAGACCCUUCGGCCGCGUACUAUCCGUUGGAGGAAGCGUACACUCGCAAUCUAGUCCUUGAACCUCUUCACGAGCUCUACGAGAAGCGUAGCAUCAAGUUCUACCGCGUUAUCUGGCUCAAGGGCUUCACGUGCCCCAACGAUAUCCUCGAGACCAUCAAGGUCAGCGUGGUGAACGACGCCGCGAUGGUCUGUGGCAUGGAUUGGGCAGAGCACAACGGGUUUUUCAUCUUCUCUGACCGCUGGAGAACACGCGAUAUCAACGGCGACCAAUUCCGCCAAUCCAAGUCGAACGCCAUCUCUGAGUCUGCCCUCACAUCCGUGCCCCCUCGCGACAUCACCAGUGCGCAACGGUACAUACAACAUCUCCCCUUCCAAGUCUUCUGCUGCGAGUCUGGUACACACGUUGUGGACCCCUCGCAGUCAUACUACGCCGGCAUCCAAUACCGUUCUGGCUUGGACUUCUUCAACGCGACCGCGAGCCACCGUGACAUCCCCGAACGCGAUCCCGACGCGCCUUGUUUGGACAGUACGCAAGCGUGGUUCUGCCGCGAUCUAUGGCAAUACAAAGCCAAGGAGGGCAUGAAGGACGACCUCGACAUCGCCUCGUCCACGCCCAACCCGAACUCCGAUGGCCCGACGAGGAAGCGGAAACGUUCCCCCGAUCCCGCGGACGGCGAGCCGCUCGCGCCGCGGCAGGCGGACAAGCCGAAGGCGCAGGACGACGCGGACGCUAACGUAGGCUCGGACUACGACGCGUCUGACCUCCCCGCGGUGGACCCCCCGGAGACAUACGAGAGCCCGGACUCGCGGCUGACGAUCCCGAACGCGGUGUUCCUCGCCGCGCGCAUCCUGGUGAACCCGCGGUGCGUGACGACGUACGCGGGCGUGUCGCACACGCAGCUCGCGCUCGACCUCUUCGGGCCCCCGGACCGCGAGGAGGAGCAGGGCGACGGGCGACAGGACGUGCUGGAUGAGUGGGAGGGCGCGCCGGACACGUUCGUGUGCCAGGAGCAGACGACCACAGGAGGGCGGAGAGCAGCCAAAACACAGCGGAGGAUCUCGUUCUCUAUUCACCAUGAGUUAGAGGAAAGUCUGUCAAGAUGA